AUGAAUGUCGUUCAUUCCACGAAUAACAACUUUGAUUUUAAGGAUAUAUUUCCUCAAAGUCAUUAUGAUUUUAAUGGGAUUGAAUGGAGGAGAGAAUUCAGGAGACCAUGGCUUACACGUUGUUCAGCAGUUUGUAAUGAUUUUAUGAAUAGAAUAAAUGUUUCUAUUGAUGUUUCAGUUGUCUUUAAUACGUCUUGUUAUAGAAUAUGUAUGUAUUUAAAAUUUAUAGAAGGCAUAGCACCUGGAAGAGAAAAUUAUUCAGUAAGUAGUUGUAAAUAUUUCUAUUACAAAUUAAAGGAGCUAAUGAAAAAUUAUGCAGGUGACUGCAAAACAACAAAGGAAUGUUAUACAAAAAUGAGGGAAAAAAGAGGUAAUGUAGAUAGAAUGGAUGUACCUGAUAUAUGUGUAAAGCACCUUAAGGGCAUUGAUGAUAUUGAUGAUAUAUAUGAUAAAUUUCAAUAUUUACAGAAACUAUAUCAUAUAGAAGACGAAUUUAAAAAAACAUGGGUGAGCUGUGAUAUUGCUAAUAAUCUUGUUAAUAAAUAUAUAACCCAUUCAGCAAUAAGUAAAAGUAUGAACAAUAACAAAAGUUUUAUGGAAGAGCUAGAUAAAGUUAAUGUUAAGUACAAUGAAUAUCGUAAGGUAAAAUCUGAAUGUUUUCCUUCACCGAAACACUCAUAUUCCUCUUUAGAACCAGGUGCAGAUACAGUUACUGGUAUGUUCGUUUUAAAUACAGCUAUUUUAAUAAUUAUUUUCAUUUUUUUUAAGGUUAAAUAUAAUUUUAAUUUAGUAAAUCAUUAUUCAAAUAUAAAGGAUACAUUUCAUAGGACAUAUACAAAUAGAAAUAACAGAAACUAUAGAAUAGCUUAUUAUUCAGAAGACUAG